UGGUCCAUUGGUCCACCCAGUGGAAUUGAUGAGAACCGGACCUUCCCUUCCCUUCCCUUCCCUUACCUUCCCUUCUCCUUUAAAAGCCAUUACCUCCUCUGCUCCCUCUCCCAGCUCUUAAUUGUUUCUCUCUUCUAAUUCACCUAUUAGCUACAACAUCAAAUCAUGGAGUCUUCACCAUCACCACUGCAAGAAGAAGAAGAAGAGAACCAUCUUCUUCAUCAGCCUCUCCUUCAAGAAAAGCCAAUAUCUUCAAACGCCCACCAAGGCAACGACCAACUCGAAGCUGUACUCUCAAACGAAAGUCUAUCACAGUUCAAGCGUCUCCAAUUAGCUUCCUUGAUUGAACUCAAGAUGCUCUUCAAUCUAGCAGGCCCAGCUGUAGUCAUGUACAUGAUCAACUAUCUCAUGUCCAUGUCCACCCAAAUCUUCUCCGGUCACCUCGGUAACCUCGAACUCGCCGCCUCUUCUCUCGGCAACACCGGCAUCCAAGUCUUCACCUAUGGCCUCCUGCUGGGCAUGGGGAGUGCAGUUGAGACACUAUGUGGCCAAGCAUAUGGAGCGGCGAAAUACGAAAUGCUAGGGAUCUAUAUGCAGAGAUCAACUGUUCUACUUAUGGCAACUGGGAUCCCACUCACGUUGAUGUAUAUCUUCUCGAAAUCCCUAUUACUUCUACUGGGUGAAUCGUCCACCAUAGCUUCCGCCGCCGCCGUGUUCGUGUAUGGAUUGAUCCCUCAAAUAUUUGCCUACGCAGCUAACUUUCCCAUUCAGAAAUUUCUACAAGCACAAAGCAUCGUUUUCCCAAGUGCCUAUAUAUCAACAGCUACUCUUGCACUUCAUAUCUUAUUAAGUUGGCUAGUAGUGUACAAGCUUGGACUUGGUCUAUUAGGUGCAUCCUUGGUGUUGAGCUUGUCAUGGUGGAUUAUUGUGGUGGCUCAGUUCUGUUAUAUAGUGAUGAGUGGUAGGUGUAAGCAUACAUGGACUGGGUUCACCAUGAAAGCUUUUACUGGGUUGCCGGAGUUCUUGAAACUGUCGGUGUCGUCGGCGGUGAUGCUCUGCUUGGAAGCUUGGUACUUUCAGAUACUUGUUUUGAUUGCUGGUUUGCUCAAGAACCCUCAGUUGGCUUUGGAUUCUCUCUCUGUCUGCAUGACAAUCAAUGGUUGGGUGUUCAUGGUUUCUGUUGGAUUCAACGCAGCUGCAAGUGUGAGGGUGAGCAAUGAGCUAGGAGCAGGACACCCAAAAUCGGCAGCAUUUGCAGUGGUGAUGGUGACAGGGGUGUCGUUAGUGAUAGCAAUGAUACUGGCAGCGGUGGUGAUGGCGAUACGCCAUGUCCUCAGUUAUGCUUUCACGAGCGGUGAGACCGUCGCCAACGCAGUUUCUGAACUAUGCCCACUCCUCGCAGUCACCCUUAUCCUCAAUGGCAUCCAACCGGUACUCUCUGGCGUGGCUGUUGGAUGCGGAUGGCAGAAAUUUGUGGCGUACGUUAAUGUGGGAUGCUAUUACGUGGUUGGGAUACCACUGGGGGCUCUGCUGGGUUUUAAGUUCGAUUUGGGUGCCAAGGGCUUAUGGUCAGGGAUGAUAGGCGGUACAGCAAUGCAGACACUCAUUUUAUUAUGGAUUACAUAUCGUACUGAUUGGAACAAAGAGGUGGAGAAAGCUACGGCACGCUUGGAUAUAUGGGAAGACAAGGCAGAAACCAGGUCCUAGGAAUUACUACUGAGUUGAAGCCUUAAUUUGAGAAAACACAUUGAAAGUGAAUUAGCCGCAACCAGCAGUGGGAGAGAGCAUGUCAAAGAUGCUUUGAACGCUGCAAACCACCGACAUGGCUAGACCGGUCCAUCCAUCUCUGGUCCAGCCCGCCCCUUUUGGCUGGCCCUGUUCAUCAUUAUUAUUUAUUUUUAACAAUGUGAGACCUUAAAUACGCUUGUCUAUUGUCCUUUUCAUUCAACACUUUUUUUUUUUAAAAUGAAAAUAAAACUUCUAUA